AUGGAGGGGAGCGCUGGCUACUGGUUCAGAGCCUGGAAGGAGAAAGAAAAGAAUCGUUCUUGGGGAAGUCUGAAGGCAGUGGUGGUGCGAUUUGGAGAACGGAACGAGGCUACUACCUUUGAAAGGGUGGCGGCCAGUAAGCAGUCGACAACCGCGGAAGAAUACAUCCCAGCAUCGAACGAGAGAAUUGCCAGAACCGAACGGGCUAGGACUACAGGAAGCGAACUUGAGAGUACUGCAGGAACCAAACGGCAAAGGACUGUUGGAUCCGAACGUGAGAGGAUGACCGGAACCGAACGUGAGGGAACUGCCGGAACGGAACGGUCGAGGACUGAUGCGAACCUGAGAGGACUGCAGGAAUCGAACAGUAGAGGACUGCCAGAAUCGAACAGUAGAGGACUGCCCGAGCCGAACGUGACAGGAUGGCCGGAACCGAACGGGCUAGGACUACAGGCUGCGAAGUCGAGAGGACUGCAGGAACCGAACGGUCGAGGACUGCCAGAACCGAACGGGAGAGGACGUCAGGAAGCGAACGUGAGAGGACUGUCGGAUCCGCACGGGAGAGGACUGCCAGACCCGAACGGAAGAGGACUGCCAGACCCGAACGGAAGAGGACGGCAAGAACCGAACGGAAGAGGACGGCAAGAACCGAACGGAAGAGGACGGCAAGAACCGAACGGAAGAGGACGGCAAGAACCGAACGGAAGAGGACGGCAAGAACCGAACGGAAGAGGACGGCAAGAACCGAACAGUCUAGGAGGGAUGGAUCAGUGGGAGAGAAGCGUGAUGGAAGAAGGAAUGAAGGCUUCGGAGGGAAGAGUGGAUGGAAGAAUCAAUGCCCAGGAGAGAAGAAUGGAUUCUGUGAGGAGGUGGGCCAGCGAACAAAAAAGGGGGCUUGCAGUUUUUGAUACAGCGGCAGAGGGGAGAGAGCGGCUUAAAGCAACGAAAGACAUUGAAGACCAUUCUCUCAGGGCCUGUGAUUCUGGAAAAAAGGUGACCAGAAUGCUGGAAGCUAAUAGAAUCCAGGAAGAAGGGAAGUUAUUGGAGGAGGAAUUGCGACCACCCAAGUCUCCAGACCUAAAUUGGAGGACAGUAGCCAGUGGGUUCACUUCAUAUGAUAACAAGAUGAUGCAGAGGAGCCAAGAGACCAAGCUUUUCGGUUCCAACCUUGAGGACAAGGUUGUUCUGCAGCGGGGUGUAAUGUUAAGAUCUAGAUAG